AUGAACGACGAUGAUAUAAGUGUGGAGAGUAGACUCCAGGAAUUGGGACCCUCUGACUCCAUAAAUGUGGUACAGUUAUUGAAACAGGAAGAUCAGGAAAUAGAGGCGAAAUUGGGGCUAGACAGUGGGAUUCUAGACGUACAUCGCACUAUCAAGGAACAUCCGGGGCUUGAAAAAAGAGUCGGGGCCAUUUUGGAUAAAUUCUACCCUCGCGAAAGAUCUCAGAGUCAUACAGAAAGAUAUGAGGAAGACAUAGAUGACAUUUACGAUGUAGAGGAGCACCGCGAGAAAUCGGACGUUACAAAGAAAGAUAUGGGGUCUGCAAAAGACGUAGUACCGCCCGAAAAUUUCAGUCACAUUGUGGGCGAGAUAUACAGGUCGAGUUUCCCUCGACCGGAAAACUUCCCGUUCUUGCAAAACAGCAUUAAGCUCAAAUCUAUCAUGGUACUUUUCCCAGAAGAGUAUCCGCAAGAGAACUUGGAUUUCAUGUCCAAGGCUGGGAUCAAGCUCUUUCAAAUAGGCAUGAGCGGGAACAAGGAGCCGUUUGUGAACAUUCCCUCGGACUUGCUAACUAGUGCGCUGGAAGUAGCCAUAAAUCCCGAAAACCACCCAAUUCUGAUACACUGCAACCGAGGCAAACAUCGAACAGGGUGUUUAGUUGGAUGCAUCCGACGAUUGCAAAAUUGGUCUCUGACGAUGAUUUUCGAUGAGUACCGGCGGUUUGCGUUUCCCAAGGCCAGAGCACUGGACCAGCAAUUUAUCGAGAUGUAUGACGAGGAUAAGAUCAAGCAGAUAGCGAAGGAGAAAAACUGGCUGCCCAUUAAGUGGUAG